GAAGAGUUGUAUACUUGUGUGCGGCAAGAGAAAAGAAAGAAGAGGGUGGGUCUACGGUCUACCUAAGCGCACGUAAUGUUCCUCCGCCCGUUCCCAUCCUACUUCCGCCCUGCCGCUCGCCGCCACUCCUCCUCUUCCUCCUCCAAAUCGUCGAGGCGCCACUCCUCGGCCUCCCGCGGAGGUGGAAGCGACCACCAUCAUCUCCUCCCCAGCAUCUCCAUCUGCGCCACCUGCAAGAACUCCCCCUCCGCCGCCACCCUCGACCUUCUCAUCCUCCUCCUCGCCCUCUUCUGCUCCGCCUUCCUCGUCGCCUCCUCCCUCGCCCACGUCUUCCGAUCCCUCGCACUCCUCCUCCCCGCCUCCUCUUUCCGCCACGCAUCCCACCCCUACCUCGUCACCCUCCUCCUCCUCUUCCUUGCCGCCUCCCUCGCCGUCGCCGUGCUAUCCUGCUCCCGACCCUGCUUCUUCCCCUGGUUCCUCCGUCGACGCUGCAGCAGGCCUCGCUGCCGCGGCCUCAAGAAGGCCCUCGAGUUCGAUGUCCAGCUGCAGACCGAGGAGUGCAUUCGCUCGCCCGACCUUGCGCAAACCGCCGCCUGGAAGGAGAUCGACGAUCUUCCCUGGAAGGGCGGACAGCAAGGGAACAAUCCUGAUUACGAAUGCCUGCGAGUGGAGCUGAGGAGGAUGGCUCCGUCCAAUGGCCGUGCCGUGCUGCUCUUCCGCGCACGGUGUGGUUGUCCACUUGCGAAACUCGAGGCCUGGGGACCCAAGCGAAGCCGCCGGAACAAGAAGAUUAGAGAGAAAGGAAUGCUGCAGCUCUAGUGGAGCUCCUAUGCAUUUUAAAACUUUGAACUUUAUUUAGACGAAGCUAAGAUUCAUUCAGCUUAUCAGAAUGUUCUCUUCUAUAAAAAUCCAGCAAACUCUGCUUAUAGAAAAUAUUAAUUAAUUUGAUGCCUUGUAAUUUUCUCCAAAAAUGUGGAAUCACCACAUCAGCGGCCCCCCUAGAGCCGGUCCCACGGAUAUGGAGAGAGAGGUAAAUACAGGUACAUAGUUGAAAGUGUAAUGACAAAGUGUAAUGACAAAGACGUUACCUUGUAAUUUUCUCUUAUAUGUCUUGUGGAGAGAAAAGAUUUGAAAUUAUUAUUUGUUGGUCAUUCAUUUAAAGACUUUUGACUAAAAGUCCGUUGUUUGUGGUUCUGUAGCAAGUAAACUAAUAAAAUAUGUUUUAUAUUACUUUUAUAUAUGAAUCUAGUAUGCGUCCAACUCAUACUCACCAAUAAUAAUAUUUAUUAUUAUUUUUGUUUAUGAGUUAUAUGGACGCAUACUCACCAAUAAUAAUAUUUAUUAUUA